ACCGUCACACACACUCAGAAUCAGAAAUGCCUUCUACUUGUAACUUGUAGCUAACGACUGCCUGCGAGUAAUUACAAUGGAUUGUAACGGCAGCUAGCUUCUUCUUCUUCUUUCUUAACCACCAUGUAAGCUGUAUUUGGUCACGGAAGGCAGUUAAACUCGUGACUGAACGCCGUAGGACGGGUACAGGAAGAGAGACAGUCCCCUCCUAACAAGACGCACCAAAAAGACUUGGAGGGUACGUCCGAGCAGUCGCCCCUUCGAAGCAGCGGUUCCUCUUUCCAGACCUGUUUUUUUUUUUUUUUUUUUUUAAACCGUGUAACGCCUCUAUAUGCCGGUGCCUACGCCCGAAUCGAAACCCUGAAGGCAGCAGAGAGAAGGAAAGGGGAGAGAGAGAGAGAGAGGCAACGGCAGCUUUCGGGGGUCCCCGACACACACAGCCGAGGAAGAGGCAUCGCUGAAAUGAGAUGAGGCUCAGAAAUGGAACUGUGGCCACCGCGAUUAUUUUCUUCACGUCUUUCCUCAGCCUGUCCUGGUACACAGCGUGGCAGAAUGGCAAAGAGAAGCUGAUAGCGUACCAGCGCGAGUUUCAUGCCUUGAAAGAGCGCCUUCGUGUGGCAGAGCACAGGACACUGCAGCGCUCGUCCGAGCUCAACAACAUCCUGGAGCAGUUCAGACGCGCCAUCGCCGAGACAAACAGCAGCAAGGAUGCUCUCACAAACUUCUCAGAUGAGACACAGAAACUACUGAAGGAGCUCGCGAAUAGGAAACCUCUCCAGGUGCCAAAUAUCUACCACCACCUGCCUCACCUGCUCAACAAUGAGGGCAGCCUGCAUCCCGCCGUGCAGGUCGGCCUCGGCCGCACAGGAGUUACCAUGGUGAUGGGGAUCCCCACAGUGAAGCGAAAGGUGAAGUCUUAUCUGUCGGAGACGCUGCGUUCGCUGAUAGACAAGCUGUCGCCAGAGGAGAAACUGGACUGUGUCAUAAUCGUCUUCGUCGGAGAGACUGAUGUGGACUACGUACACAGUGUGGUUGCUGGCCUGGAGAAAGAGUUUUCUACAGAGCUGAAUUCAGGCUUGCUGGAGGUGAUCUCCCCUCCAGCCACCUAUUACCCCGACCUCACCAACCUCAAAGAGACUUUUGGAGACUCCAGAGAGAGAGUCAAAUGGCGAACCAAGCAGAAUCUGGAUUAUUCCUUCCUCAUGAUGUAUGCUGUGAGCAAAGGGGUUUAUUAUGUCCAGCUGGAGGACGACAUCGUGGCAAAACCGAACUACUUUGCCACCAUGAAGAAUUUUGCCCUGCAGCUGUCGUCGGAGGAUUGGAUGAUCCUCGAGUUCUCUCAGCUGGGCUUCAUCGGAAAGAUGUUCCAGGCUCCAGACUUAAACCUUAUCGUUGAGUUCAUCUUCAUGUUCUACAAAGAGAAACCCAUCGACUGGCUGCUGGACCACAUCCUCUGGGUCAAAGUCUGCAAUCCCGAGAAAGAUGCUAAACACUGUGAGCGGCAGAAGUCCAGCCUACGCGUGCGGUUCAGGCCCUCCCUGUUUCAGCAUGUGGGACUCCAUUCUUCUCUUGCUGGGAAAAUCCAAAAACUCACAGACAAGGACUUCCUGAAGCCUCUGCUACACAAGAUGCAUGUGAAUCCCCCAGCUGAGGUUUCCACUUCAAUGAAGGUGUAUCAGGGUCACACGCUGGAGAAGACGUACCUUGGAGAGGACUUUUUCUGGGCCAUCACGCCGACUGCAGGAGACUACGUCCUCUUCAAAUUUGACAGACCUGUUAGCAUAGACAGGUUCCUGUUUCGCAGCGGUAACCAGGAGCACCCAGGGGACAAGAUCGAGAACACCACAGUGGAAAUACUGCCUGUUUCGGAAACUGGAAUGCAGACCAAAGAAAAGUACAAGCGAACUGAAGACCGCUUUUACAGGAUCGGUCAGUUUGUGAAAGGUGUAUCAGAAGGCGCUGUGGAUCCGUCUUUCAAUCCCGUCCUUGCACUUCGACUUUCAGUUCUCAAAGACUCGGCUGUGUGGGCGAUCCUCAGUGAAAUACAUAUAAAGAGGAUAGCUGGCUGAUUCUUCCAGACUGGGGCACAUGAAUGAUAGCCCCUAGGGGGGACUAAAAUCUCCUGGACUGCCUAGGCGGGCGGGGGGGCCUCUGGCACCCCCGAAACCAGCAGUGAAAUCAUUAGAGUAGCUCGUCUGAGCUCACCUGAGGAACGCCACCUCUCUGUCCCCCCCCCCGCUCUUCAUAAUGUACUUUAUUUUGCUUCCCAUCCAUUGACUUCUCUCUGCAUCUCUCCCUCACUCUUGUGCUCUUAAAUUCAUUUUUAGUGAGAAUGUGAAAACUACUGUCUAACAAACAUCGGUGAAGUAUGUGAAGAUGUCUGUUCCCAGCUCUGGCUCUCAAAGUGACUGUUUUACUCAGCAGCUUUGAACACAAUCAGAAAACAAAAAACAACAAAAAAAAACGUCUGGGAUGAAUGAAGACAAAAUCAUCACACGUGGGGAAGAACCAGUCACCUGGCCACUGGUUUACAUGCUGCCAAAUCUUUUCUCUGUUACUCAAUGCUGCCACCUCUGGGUGAGCUGGGGCAUUGCACUGUCACUAGCGCCUCAGCUCAGCCCGUGUGAUGACCAAGAAUGUUGUCAUCACUAAUGGCCGGUUGCUCUCUCUGUUCUCCGCAGCAGAGAGGUGACGGGAGCUCUCGAUCAACACCAGCCCAAACAAAACAAAUGUUUUUUUUUCCAUCACUUCCAGAGAUUUGUCAGUCCCACUCAAAUACUCCUCUUCUCCUGGAAAAACUAAACGGAAAAAACCUCAGGAUGAGCCAGUCAGUAACAACGUCGACCAAUAGGCCAGAUUCAGUGGCAACUACCCCAAUCCAUCAAGAAAUGAAAACCAUAACACCUUAUCUAUUUCACCUCCUGUCUGACAGGUCGUGUAUGACCUCAGUGUCCAUUUAUAGUAAACCAAUCAGACAUUGCCUUGGCGUCAUUUUCCCGGAGGAAUAUAUUGUUAUAUUGAUAUAUUAUUACAGCUACGACGAUCUAUGAAGGUGACUUAAUUUAUUUGAAAUAAAUCUUUAAUUUGUACAAGAGGUAAAAAUAUAUUUUUAUUCUAUGAAGAGAUGUUUAUGUCGGUUGAGAGUCGUUUUUUUGUUUUUUUUUGCAUUUGUGUUAUGUUUUCUUUCUGGAUUUCUAUUGUACCUUUUUUUUUGUUUUCAUUAUUACAGCUACUUGUCUGUCGGCGCAAGUAGCUGUGCCUGUUUCUCUUUUCACUUGAAGUGUUACGUUUCAACUAAAAAAACGAUUAAUUUCACUGCUAACAAAAUACUGAAUGGUAGGAGGUGUGAAUAGAUUCUAUUGAAGAAGUCUUUAAAAUUCGAAAUUUUAAAAUAAUGUGCCUUACACCCAUGUCCCUUGCAAAAAUAGUCUCAGCAACCAAUAAUCCAAUCUGUUCCCAUUCAUGUUGUCCCGACACUUUUGAUUGCUGGAAAUGCUAAUUUUACUUUUUAACACACACACACACAGUCCCAAGUGAUUGGAUUUUAGGAACUAUAUCUCUGUGUUCUCACUUGAAGCCGCGUGAUUUGCACUGUGUUUUCAAUCAUUUUUGUUACCAUUACAUCCUUCACCAUUGUGCUAAAUUUUCCCAUAAAGGAUGCUUAUUCCACUGAUUCCUCCAAAUCCAUGCGGCGAUUCCUUCUGUCCGAUCAAAUGUCCUUUUUUUUUGACCAUCUGGGCAGAAUAUUGACUACUGAUCAUUGCAGAGUGCGCCUUUUUGUUGUAUGAUUUGGCUGAGGGUUGUGUAGUACUUUCACUGAUUGUAAAUAUAUAAAAUGCAACAAGCAUUA